CAUGGAGGGACUAAUAGGUGUUAAUUUGAUCUGAGAGCAACUAGAUUGCAAAAAAAUUAACAACAAAAGAUUAAACUGAGAGCACGGAUAAAACAUGAGCCAAGGGAUAUGACAAAAUUUAGAAAUUGGAAGACACAACAAGGGCAUAGUGCAACAUAUAAAACUCACAUUUGGCAUUCUAUUAUCUGGGACGUGCCCAUUGUGCUGCAUUUUAAUUAUCUUCUCUAUUCUAUCAUUUUUGUCUAGUAAAACUAUAUUUUGAUCUUUUCCAUAAUAAUUAGAUAAAGGAAUUGGGAUCAAAUGUUAAUAACAUUCCCCGUCAAGAAUUGUGGAAGCAAGGUCGUGUGAACAAAAGCGGGGUAAUUGAAAAUGAAGCAACUCAGCAAGUUUGGGACAAAUGUGUAAGUAAUAUGUCUUCAUAUUAUAUUUGUGUAUGUGAAAUAAGAAUAAAUGUGAUAUCUUUGGUUCUUGUUUAGGUUCAAUUGUCACAAACUAAUUCAGAAGAGAUGAGUAAUGAUCACUCUGACAUUUUGAGUCAAGCUUUAUGUCUCCCAGAGUAUUCGGGUCGUGUUAGGGGAAUGGGAUUUGGUGUCGGUCAUAGAGAUUAUUUCCCGUCCAAAAAGCGUCAUACGCACCAUGAGCAUGAUAAAUUAACUGCUCAAAUGAAAGACAUGUCCGAAAAAAUAGCACGAAUGGAAAAAGAGAUGAUUUCGCUUCGAAAAAUUGGCACACCAAAUACUAAUGAAGAAGCUAAUAUCAAUAGUGGCCAAGGGAGUUGCACAUUGUCAUCAAUUAGUUUUCCCGAGGGGGUCUCAAGUUGUAAAUUGUUUACAUUAUCACCAUCAAUUUGCUUGGUUGCCCAUGGAAAAUUGCAUAAUUUUAAGACUGAUACACUACAUGGUAGACCUUUACCUAAAGGUCAUGUCAAAGUUAGUAUAGAUAUUGCUUUGAAGCCAAAUGUAUCACUACCUAUACCGAUUGAUGAUGAUGACAUGAUGACAAUAGGACAAGCAAUAGGUACAUUUGUGGCAUGGCCAAUGAAUUUGAUACAGAUUACUGAUGAGGAUUCUACUCAACCAAAAAAGAAAAAGAUGAAUAAUCCAAAUGAAUGUGUCGCACCUAAAAAGAAAUGUCAAGCAAAAAUGACCAUUCAACAUACCCCUCAUAAAUUGUUUCAUCCCAAUCUUUCUCAAUGGUGCAAUUACCUCUCUUCAUACAUGGAACUAAAGCCAUCACAAACACUUCGUCCAAUACAAAUGGACAAAAACAUAUUUGGAAUAGAUAAUUAUGAAGAAAUCGUUAGUGCAGAAAUUAUUGGAGAAGUGAUUAACUAUGCAUGGCUAGGUGCAAGUACAAUUUCUAUAUAUAUCAGGUACAACAUAGUACUUUUUAUGAUUAACUUCAUUAUUAGAUUGACACCUUAUGAUAUUGCUAAUACAUUCUUAUCUUUUUCUUUUACAAGGUACCUAUAUCAAAAUUUUGUUAAGCCAAAUGAUAAGGCAUUCUUUUUUUUAUCACCCCAAAUCACAACACAUGAGUUGUCAAUGAAAGACAGAAUGCAAAAAAUAGUUACUCUUUUUCUUGAUAAUGAGGUGAUUGAUAAGUUUGUUCUUGCACCUAUCAAUACCGGGUAAUACCUUACUUUACAAUUGUAUCAACAAUGUAUUAUUUUCAAAGUUAGAUGUACAAAUUCUAAUUUUGUUGAUUCUUUUUCAAAUUAUAGCCAACAUUGGGUCUUGCUGGGAAUCAAUAUUAAACUAGAGAUAAUUCAUUAUCUUGACCCGGUGGGGUUAGACAUUAAUAUGAGGCAAGAUUUGAAGAAUUUGUUUGACAUGGUUAUACAAACCUAUCGAGCUCAAAAAGGAAAUAUAGUGUCAAAGUCUAAGUCAAACAAUAUCAAGUGGACAACAAUUAAGUGCCCAAGACAACCCAACGGCAAUGAUUGUGGAUAUUAUGUGUGUCAAUAUAUGAAGGAAAUUAUUACAUACUGUGAAGGAGGAACAAUUCCAACUGAUUAUUUUUCUAGUUGCAGAUGCCAACAUUAUCAUGAAAGUCAGAUAAUUGAAGUUCGGGAAAAUUGGUGUUUACAUGUAAUUAGUACAUGCAUAUAGGUUAUGCUAUGGUGAUGUACAGUACUGAUAGGAUAUAUAUGUUAU